AUGGACACGCAAACCACUCUUCCUGCGUCGGCCCUCGAUGGCCACUACGACUAUAUCAUCGUCGGUGGAGGCACAGCCGGCUGUGUUAUCGGCUCUCGGCUCUCGGCAUAUCUCCCCCACCACCGUGUGCUCAUCAUCGAAGGCGGCCCCUCCGACUUUAACAACAACCAAGUGCUCGACCUGCGCCAGUGGCUGACGCUACUUGGCGGUGACCUCGACUACGACUAUGGCACCACCGAACAGCCCAUGGGCAACAGCCACAUCCGCCACUCGCGUGCAAAGGUCCUCGGUGGCUGCUCGUCUCAUAACACGCUCAUUUCGUUCCGUCCGUUUAAACGUGACAUGGACGCGUGGGUGAGCAAGGGAUGCGACGGCUGGGACUUUGACAACAUGAUGCGCUUGACCGACAAGCUGCGCAACUCUGUCCAGCCCGUCCACGCCCGCCACCAGAACGCCCUCUGCAAAGACUGGGUCCAGUCGUGCUCGACCGCUCUUAACAUUCCCGUCCUGGACGACUUCAACGCUGAAAUUCGCCGCAAGGGCAAACUACACGAGGGUGUCGGCUUCUUCUCAGUCUCGUACAACCCCGACAAUGGCUUCCGCAGCAGCGCAUCGGUCGCCUACAUUCACCCUAUCCUGCGCGGUGACGAAAAGCGUCCCAACCUCACCGUCCUCACCGAGGCAUGGGUGUCCAAGGUCGUCGUGCGCGACGGUGCCGCUACGGGCGUCGAUGUUACGCUCAAGUCGGGCGACAAGUUCACCCUAAAGCCGUCACACCGCGGAGAGAUUAUCCUGUGCGCUGGUGCUGUCGACACUCCUCGCCUCAUGCUGCACUCUGGUCUCGGUCCAGCGUCCCAGCUCAAGUCGCUGGGCAUCCCCGUCGUAGAGGACAUUCCGGGAGUGGGCGAGAACCUCCUCGACCACCCAGAGACCAUCAUCAUGUGGGAGCUCAACAAGCCUGUGCCGCAGGGCCAGACGACAAUGGACUCGGAUGCGGGCAUCUUCCUUCGCCGCGAACCCGUGGCAGGCGACGUCGACGACGCUGCCGACAUUAUGAUGCACUGCUACCAGAUCCCGUUCACUCUCAACACUGAGCGCCUCGGCUACCCCGUCAUCAAGGACCGGUAUGCGUUCUGCAUGACGCCCAACAUUCCUCGUCCCCGCUCGCGCGGCAAGCUGUACUUGACCUCUGCCGACCCAAGCGUCAAGCCUGCCCUCGACUUCCGGUACUUCACCGACCCGGAGGGAUACGACGCGGCUACCUUUGUCGCAGGCAUCCACGCCGCGCGCAAGGUUGCUCAGCAGAGCCCGUUCAAGGAGUGGCUCAAGGAGGAGGUCGCCCCUGGCCUAAAGGUGCAGUCGGACGAGGACAUCAGCGAAUACGCUCGUCGCGUCGCGCACACCGUCUACCACCCUGCAGGAACCACCAAGAUGGGUGACGUCAAGAGGGACCAGUACGCCGUGGUCGACAGCAAGCUCCGUGUGCGCGGUAUCAAGGGCCUGCGCAUUGCGGACGCGGGCGUGUUCCCCGACAUGCCCUCGAUCAACCCCAUGCUCACAGUGCUGGCUGUGGGUGAGAAUGCGGCCGAGAUGAUUGCUCAGGAGCAGGGCUGGAAGGGUGACAACGCUGGUAGGCUGUAG